CGGACGGGGCUGAUAGUAGUCGCCGCUGAUUGUCAAUUGGAACCGUGUCGAUUCUCAUAUGGUAUUUUAGUUAGAAAUGCGCGCUGACUAAAUUCGGUCGUGAAAAUUCGACGAUAAAACCAACAACAACAACAAAAAUAUUGUUAACUGAUUUUUAUUGUUUUUUUUUUUUUUUGUUGUUUGUUUUUUGAUCUAUAAUAAUGCACGGCGUGUAUUAUCUGUGCAUAUGGCUAUUUAUGUUGGCAGCGACACCAGGAGCACGAAGCCAGCUGCCCGAGUCGCGGAUCAUCAAUGGCACGGUUGCCAGCGUGGCCGAGACAAAGCACCUGGUCUCCAUACGUCUGCGCUCGAACGACAAGAACUUCGGUAGCGGACACAUCUGCGGUGGCUCGCUAAUUGGCCCCAACAAGGUGCUGACCGCCGCCCAUUGCCUGUACAACACCUCGAAGAAGCGCUACCGCAAGGCCAAGGAGUUCGUCGUCGUUAUGGGCACGCUCAAUCGCUACGAGCGCAACAACAACACGAUUGUCUCCUAUGUUAGUUCGAUUGCCUACAUGAACACCUUCAGCACGGACAGCAUGCGCGACGAUGUCGGCGUCAUGUUUCUGACCAACGGUCUGGCCGUCAACGGCAGCCAUCCUACCAUCGCGCCCAUCCAGCUGGCCAGCGAAGUGACGCCCGCGGGCGUUACAUGCCAGGUGUCCGGCUGGGGACGCACGGAGCAGAGCUCGCUGUCGAACGUGCUGCUGACGGCCAAUGUGAGCACCAUACGACACAAGACCUGUUCCAGAAUUUAUGGCGGCGGCCUGCUGCCCGGCAUGCUGUGCGCCGGACGUCUGCGUGGCGGCACCGACUCGUGCCAGGGCGACUCCGGCGGACCGCUGGUGUACGAGGACCGGCUCAUUGGCGUCGUCUCGUGGGGUUAUGGCUGUGCGGAGCCGGGUCUGCCCGGCGUCUAUGCGGACGUCCAGUACUACCAGCAAUGGAUCGAGGAGCGCAACGGAAGCUUCAGUCUGUCGGCAGUCCCACAGAUCUGGCUGUGGCUAGGCAGCGCCUGCUACUGGCUGUGGUCGAGAGACUAGACACUGGAAGUUAAUAAAUUAAUGUAGCUAGUAAGCCGUUGGCUUCAUAUUUUUUUUGGGUGUGUUAGCUUAAUGUGGGGCUUGCUUGGAGAGCUCUGAUGGAUCCCAAGGAAACAUCAUUCCAAUCUUCCAUUACAUCUUCCGAGAAAA